AUGGACAAAGCUUUCAACUACAUAGCACAAAAAGGAAUUACUGGAGAUGACGAUUACCCUUUCCUAGAGGAAGAUGGGAUUUGCCAGUUCGAGGAUGAACCCGUCAUUAAGAUCAGAGGUUACCAAUGCGUUCCACGCAACAACGAGCUUGCUUUGCGCGAGGCAGUAUCGAGACAGCCCGUCUCCGUUGGAGUGGCUUGGCAUUUGGACAGUAUCAUCCAUUACUCAAGCGGAGUGUACGAUGAGCCUUACUGUGGUAUCAACAUGAACCAUGCGGUGACUAUUGUAGGGUACGGGACGAGCCCUGAAGGGAAAGAUUAUUGGCUGGCUAAGAACUCUUGGGGUGCGAGUUGGGGAGAGAAUGGUUACGUUAGACUCCGUAGAGAUGUGGAGUGGCGUGAAGGCAUGUGUGGUCUGGCUCAGUAUGCUUGUUAUCCGGUUGUUUGA